GAGGAGGACGACUGAGAAAACCGCGAAUUUGCCUCCUCACUUUCUCUUCAGCAAGGCGGGCGGAGCCGAAAACCAAAUAAACGUCUUCUGAGCGACUGGGGGCGGCACAGACCGGAGCCGACCGAGCCUCCAGCGCCGAGACUCUCGCAGAAUUGGUUUUUCGGUUGUUGGUCACUGUGGCAGAGCCGUCUGCGGUAGGGCUGAGACGUGGGGAGCAAUGGCGACCUUUGUGAGCGAGCUGGAGGCGGCCAAGAAGAACUUGAGCGAGGCCCUGGGGGACAACGUGAAACAAUACUGGGCUAACUUAAAGUUGUGGUUCAAGCAGAAGAUCAGCAAAGAAGAGUUUGACCUUGAAGCUCAUAGACUUCUCACACAGGAUAAUGUCCAUUCUCACAACGAUUUCCUCCUGGCUAUUCUUACGCGUUGUCAGAUUUUGGUGUCUACACCAGAGGGUGCUGGAUCUUUGCCCUGGACGGGGGGUUCUGCAGCUAAACCUGGAAAACCAAAGGGGAAGAAAAAGCUUUCUUCUGUUCGUCAGAAAUUUGAUCAUAGAUUCCAGCCUCAAAAUCCCCUCUCGGGAGCCCAGCAGUUUGUGGCAAAGGAUCCCCAAGAUGAUGAUGACUUGAAACUUUGUUCCCACACAAUGAUGCUCCCCACUCGGGGUCAGCUUGAAGGGAGGAUGAUAGUGACUGCUUACGAGCACGGGCUGGACAACGUCACCGAGGAGGCGGUCUCAGCGGUUGUCUAUGCGGUGGAGGUUGGUUUGCUGGUGGCAGAAACAAUCUCACAGAAUCACCUUAAAGAUAUAUUGACAUCAGUUGUGUCAAGAAGGAAAGCUUAUCGGUUACGUGAUGGUCAUUUUAAAUAUGCCUUUGGUAGUAAUGUAACCCCACAGCCAUACCUGAAGAAUAGUGUAGUAGCUUACAACAACUUAAUAGAAAGUCCUCCAGCCUUCUCUGCUCCUUGUGCUGGUCCGAACCCAGCUUCUCACCCGCCCCCGGACGACGCGGAGCAGCAAGCUGCGCUCCUGCUGGCCUGCUCGGGGGACACUCUCCCCGCAUCCGUGCCUCCAGUCAACAUGUACGACCUGUUCGAAGCUUUGCAGGUACACAGGGAAGUCAUUCCUACACAUACUGUAUAUGCCCUCAACAUUGAAAGGAUCAUCAUGAAACUCUGGCAUCCCAAUCACGAGGAACUACGGCAAGACAAAGUCCACCGCCAGCGCCUGGCGGCCAAGGAAGGCCUGUUGCUCUGCUGAAUUAGGGUGAUUUGGGGGUACGGGACCCUCAGCAAAUUCAUUGGCUAUUGAGAAUUGAAUGUUUUUUGGGCCCGCAUUUCAAGACUGAAGUGUAUAGUGUAAAUAUUAAUUUUCCUAUGGAAAUGUGACACUGAGUACAUUUUGUGUUGCUACUGUGAAGCCAUUAAUAGAAAUCUGACUUUGAUAAUGACCCAUAUCUCUGUAUGUAUAUAUGUGUUCCCAGUUAUGGGAGUAAGCACUGAUAAAAUUCUGUGCCCGGAAUGGAGAUGUUUUUAAGCAUCUGAGGCUUAGUAUCCUGUGGUCUGCAUGUGAGGUAGAUGACCUCCUAGAACAAAGAAGCUGUUAUAACUUAGUCUCCAUGAUCAGCAGGACAUCUGUGUGUUCAGUGACAGCAUAUAUUCUGUAUCCAGAAAGCCUAAAAUUUCUGCCUUUUAAAUAACUGUGCUCUUGUAUUUUGGUUGAAACAAUCCACACAGUGUUAAAAAUCAUAUACCUCCUUUAGUGACCAGGUUAAUUUUUAACAGAUAGAGGUAUCUCCCCCAAAGUUCAUUACAACUCUAUAGAAAAUAGGACCUAGAAAUGCUGUGCUGUUAGACAAAAUAAAGUCCUUUCUUUGCAUUAAAAACCAAAAUAAAAACUCUGGAAUGUAAUUAAUUAACCUUACAAAGUUUUUUUUCUCAUAACUUAAGUUUCUUUUAUAGUUAAUGUGCCCAAAGACUUUUAUUGGCAAGUUCAUCUGUUGAUUAUUCCUAUAGAAUAUGUUUUAAAAAGCCCAUGUAGACAUACUGGAUUUAUACUUAGAAAUUCCCCAAUUCCUAUGCAAUAUCUGUUUCUAUCCUUUAGCAAAUGAUAAAGUGAAAAUAAUUUACAUUUGGCAGUGUUACUAAUAACAAACUUUGUUUUUUUAGAGGUGAUGCUUUUUACUCAAAAGAUAGUGUUGGUGGUUAUAUUAGAAUGUACAGAUGGGUUGUGUAGGUCUAAGUGAUUUAUGUAUAUAUGUAUACAUGGCUCAAUAUUUGGAUCUGUGUAUUUGAUUUUGUACUUUAAAUGUGACAAAUAAACCUUUUGGGAGAAAA